CCGCACAUAACCUCCCUUUUCUAAAUAAUUUUUGUGCUGUGUACACGUGUUCUCCACAAUGGCACCCGUCGAGAAAGCUAAGAAAGUGGCCAAAUCGGCCAAAAAGGGCAAGAAGCACCCUCUCAACUCCUACCUGAAGGGCGGAAUUCUGCGUUACUCCAAGGCCCAGAUGUACAAGCGCCGCGCUCUGUACCGCUUGAAGGAUAAGAAGAGCCCCGUGGUCCAGAAGGUUAAGGUGCCCAUCAAGAAGGUGAAGAAGAUCGGAGGCCCCAAGAACGGCAAGGAGCGUACUGUUUACCUGAACAAGUCGAAGGCCCAGUACCCGACCAAGACCUUCGUCAAGAAGCGCCCCUCCAAGGCCAACUUCAGCGAGCACAAGCGCAACACCCGCAAGAACCUAAAGCCCGGUACCGUGCUGAUCCUGCUGGCUGGUCGUCAUCAGGGCAAGCGUGUGGUCCUCCUUAAGGUCCUCGCCUCCGGCCUGCUCCUGGUCACCGGACCUUUCGCCCUCAACUCGUGCCCCCUGCGCCGCGUGUCCCAGCGCUACGUGAUCGGCACCUCGUCGAAGGUGGAUCUGGGUGCCUUCAAGGUCCCCGAGCAUCUGAACGACGCCUACUUCCGCCGCCUUAAGGCCAAGAAGGACAAGAAGACCGGCGAGGCCGAUAUCUUCGCGGCCAAGAAGGAGCGUUUCGUGCCCAACGAGCAGCGCAAGAAGGACCAGAAGGAGGUCGACUCCGCCCUGCUGAAGGCCAUCAAGGCCCACCCCGAGGGCAAGUUCUUCGCCAAGUACUUGAAGAACAUGUUCGCCCUGCACUCCUCCCAAUACCCCCACCGCAUGCGCUUCUGAGCGGUUUUGGGUUCCACUUCAGUUUAAGGAUUUUUCUAAAAACAAAAACACUGUACAAGCGCGAUUGCUGGUUAGACAAACAAGAUUUGUAAAAUAAACCUUACAAAAUGGAAAACUUUAAA